AUGCAGCCGGUAUCGCCACGAAAUACAUCCUUGACGCCAGUGCCGUCGCUAGAGUCACCGGUGAUCCGGUUUACCACCAUCGAAAAGCUCUUUGAUGAGAUUAACCGCACCACUGGAGAUGUUCUCACCGUCUAUGAUGUAUCAGUCCAGCAGUUUGCCGAAAUUGAGAAGGCAAGAGAUAAAAGACGAAGGAAGGUCCGAUUCCGACGCUUUUCCGCUACUACCAAGAUCCUCAUCAUCACUAUUCCAACUCGAGUCCACGAACUACUCCAUUCCCUCAUUUUUGCCCGCACUAUAAUUGCAGCGGAUAAGAUGGGGUUAGACAAUACCUGGAUGCCAACAGCUAGCACAACAUUUCGAGCACAACACCAGCACCCCAAUGGGGGUAGCGGAGAAGGCGACUCAUCAGGAUGUCCCGCACCAGCUCGCGAUGAUGGUUGGCCGACUCUGGUCAUCGAAGCAGGAUAUUCACAGACUUUGCAAGGGUUGAGACAAUAUAUGGAAUGGUGGUUUCGCGCCUCACGCCAUGAGGUGAAGAUUGUGCUUUUGGCCAAGUUCGAUCGCCCGACACGCACCAUCAUAAUCGAGAAAUGGGUCGAGGUGGUCCAGACCCGAGAAGGCGCCACCAACACACGGGCGACGGCUGAGCCCCGGCCUGUAUGCGACCAAGUCAUCACUAUCACCCAGAAUACUGGCAAUCCCGUGUCGUAUAAUGUCACUAGUGGAGAUUUACGACUGGAGUUUUGCCUUUUAUUCUUGAGACUGCCAACCGGAGCAGAGCGAGACAUCAUUAUCGACGCCCAGCGCCUGAGACAGUACGCAGAGAAUGUCUGGACUGCGGUGCGCUAG